ACACACCAGUUGCAAUGGAGGCGGAGGCAAUCCUCUCGGAUGAUUCAAAAUCUGAAACCGCGCUAGAGGACGCCUUGGCGCAUGGGGAAGAGCUAAACCCUUCUGUCGCGAUGGUCGAACAUGAAGCUCGGGCCUAUCCAUCGAUACGAGGCAUGUCUGAGACGAUCAGACAAGACUAUCGUUAUCCAGCGCCUCAAGUCACCGCCGACAUUCUCCAUCACGAAGAGAUGGCGCGAAGAUUAUCGGAAGCCAAUAUAAUGCUGGCUCAAUGGCAUACCUGGGCCGUUCGAAACGGUCUUCCAGUCCCACCCCUUUCCGGAUUCCCACCAGUACAUAGCACCGUUCAACAACCUCAGUUCAAUCCAGAACGUUGACAUGCCCCACCCUCACCUCAAGUGGGAAAAUGAAGCCGACCAUCAACGCCAAAGGUUUGCGUUACCACCUCAAGAGAUUUCUUUCGCCGAAAGGAAUCUCGACCCUUCCCGAGGUCUCGAUUCACAGCUCCGACAAUCGCCUGACUCAUACCAGGUCGAGAUCCCUCAGAUCUACCCUGAGGCGCCGGCUUCCGAGGAUUCUCCAGGUGUACAACAUCCCCACUCGGUAGGCGGUAAGCUCCAGCCAGUCAGAGUCAUUGAUACUCCACAAGGUCUCUACGCAUUGUACGACCGAACCGAAUUGUUGGAAUACAAGAAAACGAUACCUCACGAAGAGGUACCUGAAGAGGAAUACUUACAGGCGGAAUCAAACACCCUGUACCCUAUCUGGAGCGGAGGUCAUCCACCGGAGAAACAUACGCAAUGGCAGACCGCUUCGAGCGAGGCUCAGUAUAGGCAGUCUUUCGAGACCGAAGAUGGCAGCAACCAGAGAACAGAGACCGCCCUUCUUCCUCCUACCCCGCAAAGCUCGCGACUGGAGGAGUUCGAUCAUGGCUUCAGCUAUCGAUCCUAUCACGAUGUACGCUUCGAGCGCGGGAUGCAAUCGGAGGGUCUUCCGUAUCAGACGCCACGACAUGGGCGCGAAUCUCCCUUCAUUCACCACCCUAUGCCCUUGCCGAGACCGCAAGCUUUCGAGCCACGCUUCAACAUGUAUACGCCAACACCGGCACCACGGGAAUUCGCCACUGCACAUGCUCAUCACAGUGCCACCACGGUGAUGGGGACGAUUGCUGCUACUACGAACAGCUUACAUCAGCCUCACAGGUACACCGCCUCCGUUCGCGUGCCCGGCCUGCGUCAGCAACCCGGAACGGAUCACGCCCACAACUCGUACCACAGCGGGAGCGGUCAACGGUUCGGCACCUCUACUGGAUAUCGCGGUUCUGGCAGCCACAGACGUGGCUUUGGCAAGCGCGGCAGCCAGGCCUACGAGACGCACCAGUAUCGCAACGUCAACCAGUAGCAGGCCAGAUGGUUUAGGUUUAGAUUUUUCGAACUUUCCGUAGUUUUCCCAUCGUGCCGAGUUGCAGUGCAUGUCAAUCGAGCCGUGCUCUUGGAUGUUCAGCCACAUCAUACAUCGUCCACUCUUUUUAACAUCGAGUCGCCUU